AUGUCGUACGACCGCGUCCUCCCCAAGCCAGCCGCCCUGCACUAUGACUCGCCAGUUGUCGUCGUCCCCCGCAAAUCGUCGACUCUCCUCGAGCACAAAAUCAUGCACGACAGUCCGGUCUCGUCGGCGGCGGCGUCUUCCUUUGCUCUGGUCUCACCCCAUGCCUCGUCGUCGGCCUCCUCCUCGUCGUCGUCAUCGUCUUCGGAGGCAGAGGGAGCCAGUGCUGAGAGGGUGUCCGUGUCUGUCCCUCGCAAGCAGUCGACCUCGUCCGACGACACGGUCAAGUCUCGCUCGACGGGCGUGCAUUUUUGUCUGUGCCAGCCGGACCCGAAGAUUCCUAGACCACGCAAUGCCUUUAUUCUCUACCGCCAACACCACCAGGCCGCUGUCGUGGCUCAGAACCCAGGCCUGGCGAACCCGGAAAUCUCCAAGAUCAUAGGCGAGCAGUGGAAUUCCUUACCGGAGGACACCAAGAAGGACUGGAAGGCUCUAGCGGAGGAAGAAAAAGUCCGCCAUGCCCUGCAGUAUCCGGAAUACAAGUACCAGCCCAAACGGACAGGACGGGAUGGGAAUCCACGCAGCGCAGGCCCAGGAUUAGGCCUGCACCCGCCCUCGUCGUCGACCGUGUGUCACCGGUGUGGCGGCCGGCCGAUGAACCCUCCCCCAUCGCCGGAGACGCCCUUCACGCCCACGGGGCGAGGCGGGGGGGGAUUCAGCGCGGCUGCGGGAGCAACCAUCACCAUGAGAAGCCACCAGCGGCGUGAGCGAGAUCCUACCCGCGUCCCGAGUCCUAUUCGCGUUAUGGACCUCGGGUCUGAGAGCGGCAGCGGCAGCAGCAGCAGUAAGCAGGCGCGUGCCCGGCUCUGGGGGGAGGACGGGGCCGUGGUUCGCUCGCCAGACACUAAGCGACGACGACAUAAUCAUACCCAGAAUCCAAUCCAUAUCUCUCUUCGGCCCAACCUCGUCGGUAGCCACCGUCAUCGGGAUAAGAGUCCUGACACACCGUACCCGCAUUCACCGUACGGAGCCUCACGCACGCAGCUGGCUCAGGCCCGGACUUUAUUGCAGGCAUUGCACCAUCAUCAGCAACAACAACAACAGCAGCAGCAGUCGCCGUAUCGAACGCUCAAGGACCACUCGGCUCAGGAUCUUAGUUUGAAACUGCCGCCGUUGCAAACCGUCACCGUCAGCGCUGGCGGGGUCGGUCCUGCCACCGGCACACCUACUUCUGGAUCUGCAUUUCCCAAAGAGAGCGCGGGGGCAGGGGUGGAAGCGACGGUGAUGACCAUCCCGUUCAUCAACAAGAUCAAAGUGCUGGCCAAGAUCUCCCCACCGUUGGAACCCAGCUUCCGCGAGGCGUCGCCGACCUCCCAGCCACGCGGGGCGGUCAUCGCCGUCGAGGGCCGCGACGCAGCACAGGUGAAGGUCAUGACGGAGUAUCUGGCCGCAGCAUUCGCCCGGGAGCCCCGAUACCAAGUCCGUACCUUUGAAGGGCCCAACGUCAAGCCACGCGAGGGGUCCCCGCAGGCUGGGCACAUGAAUGAAGCGACAGUAGACUACCUCAACACCAUCUCUGUAUGGCAUCGCAUCUCGGAAGAGAUUAUGGGGUUUGUCCGGCCUGCGGUGGACGAUGACUCUGUCUCGCCGAGAUCCAUCAUUCCGGGGACCGCCAAUUUGAACAUCUCAGACACUACCACUACUGCUACAACAACUAAUACUGCUGCUACAAAUACUUCUAAUAAAACUGCUGCUACGACCACUACUAAUACAACUGCUGCUACGACUACUACUAAUGCAACUAAUGCAACCAAUGCAACUACGGCAACUCCCAUAGCCCUCGUCCCCCGGUACCAACUCACAACGGCCGACGCCUUCGCCUGCUCCAUCCCAAUCAUGGACUCGUACGCCCCCCUCGACCACUGGCAAUGGAUGGCAUCUCUCUGGCGCGCCUGCGUCGGCCCAGAUAUAACCAUCUACAUCCGCGACUGUGAGCCCGACGAGGUCGACCGGCACGCCAAGAACCCCGUCGAGGUGCGGCUGCAGGAUGCGCGGACGGUCGUCAUGCGUCGCGCGCCGGGCAAGAAGGAUCUCGAAGAGCGCGUCUUGAAGAGGGUGGGCUUUGAGGUCGAGGACUUCCUGGCUCAGAAGAAGGCAUCGCAUACGCUGACAGACAAGCCGAUGAGGACUCGCUGGAUGGCUGGAGAGUCUACAGGUGACGACGACGUUCAGGUAGAUUCUCGCUUUGAGGAUAUGAAUGCAGAGACUGACCUGCUGGCUCCUACGGAUCCUCUCUCAUCCCCCUCGGACCUCCCGUAUAUUGCAGUGGGAGCGUUGAGAAACCAUGGCGAUUCAGGGACCGGGUAUCCGCACGCAGAGAUCAGCAGUCUACAAAGCCAUGGAUGGAUUCGAACAGAGACAGUGUCUUCCAACUGCGUCUGUAUCAGGGUGUAUGCCUUGCCUGACGAUGCAGGCCGCACGUCCAUCCCCCGAUCGAGUACCUCGUUGAGAAGAGCGCUGAGGCUGGUCAUGUCACGGCUGGACCGAUCUGUGGAAGCGUGGAAGGGAGUCAACACGAAAGAACAGACACAGGGAGAACAAGGAGAACAAGGAGAAGAAGAAGAACAAGAAGAACAAGAAGAACAAGAAGAACAAGAAGAAUCGCUGUGGUAUAUCUUCAACACUCUCGACAAUCCCACCCCCGAGCCGGAGAUCGUCCACGACCCCUACGCGAGGAGGGCAAUGGAGGACCUGCUAUCAGGAGGCCAGGUCCAGGGCCUCACGGUGCCGCUGUAUCCCUACCAGCGCCGCUCGGCGGCAACAAUGGUCCAGCGCGAGGCGCAGCCGGCCCAGGUCCUGGACCCGCGGCUGCAGCCGUUUAGGGGCCCGACGGGCCAGGAGUACUACUACGACAAGGAAGAGGGCAGUCUUGUCCGGGAGAAGAGGCUGUAUUCCGAGGCAUGUGGGGGGAUUCUGGCCGAGACCAUGGGCUGUGGGAAGACGCUGAUCAGUCUGGCGGUCGUGCUGGCCACGCGCGGUCACCUCCCUCGCAUCCCGACCGAGCACCAGGAAUUCGGGCCCCCAUGCCGUCCGCGCACGGCAUCGCUGGUCGACAUGGCUGCCGCGGCGGCAGGCCGGCUGUCGCUCCCCUGGAAGCGGCAUUUCGACGAUACCCGCCGUCAGUCGGGGGCUUUCUACCACCGCUGCGUGCAGGCGUGCGAGGCCAACCGCGGGGAUUACACGAUCCAGCCUCCGACCCCGAAAUACAGCGGCCGCAAGGCCAUGGCGUAUCCGCGAGACCCGCCGCGACGGAUCCUUCUCUGCUCCGGGACGCUGAUCAUCGUGCCGCCCAACUUGGUCGACCACUGGAUGAACGAGAUCGCCAGCCAUACCGAGGGGUUAACCGUCUGCUUGCUGCGCACGGGCGCCGACAAGACUCCUUCGCCCGAGGCACUGCUCGAGUACGACAUUGUCCUGUUUUCCCGCACCCGGUUCGAGAAGGAGGCCGGCGAGGCCUACAACAACCGGCGGUCCCCCGCCGUCUCCGCCCGUCGGCCGGACGACUCCCCCUUGUCGAAGCUGCACUGGCUGCGCAUCAUCGUGGACGAGGGUCACAAUGUUGCGGGACACGGCCAUCGGACCAGUAUGAUGCAUCUGCUGGACCAGCUGCACAUCGAGCGUCGCUGGGUCGUCUCGGGCACGCCCUCGAACGGUCUGUACGGGGUAGAGGUUAGCCUGGCGUCGCAGGAGGCCAACACGAGCGACACCGAGCUGACCGAGGCGACGGCCAAGGCCAUCCAGCACCGCAAGAAGACGGCCGGCCAUGCGGUGGCGAACGAGCUCAAGGAUCUCGACAAGCUGCGGUUGAUCGUGAUCGAGUUCCUGCGCGUCCGGCCGUGGGCAAACUCGCGCGCCGCCGACCCUGCCAACUGGACCAAGUACAUCAAGCCCGUGGGCGAGGACGGCAAGCGGCGCAAGGCCCCCUCGCUGCGAGCCACCUUGCAGAGCCUGGUCGUCCGCCAUCGCCUGGACGUCAUCAACGACGAGACCCCGCUGCCGCGCCUGUACAACCGCGUUGUCCGGCUCCAGCCGACGCUGUACGACAAGCUCUCCGUCAACAGCUUCGUCUUCAUCCUCGCCGUCAACGCCAUCACCUCCCAGCGCACCGACCAGGACUACAUGUUUCACCCGCAGAACAGGAAGCAUCUCAGCCUCCUUGUGCGCAACCUGCGCGAGGCCGGUUUCUGGUGGGCUGGUUCCGAGUCCAACGCGCAGGUGCAGGCCUCCUUGGACUCCGCCGUCGAGUACCUCGACAAACACGGGGGGGACGACACCAUCUCCGCGGCGGACCGACAUACCUUGAUGCAGGGGAUUGAGAUUGCGCGCCUGGCUCUCGGCAGCGCAGCCCGCAAUGCCUUUCUGCGCUUCCAGGAGCUCGGCGUGUAUGUCACACGCUUCCCCGACGAGGCCCGCGGCCUGUGGGCACUCGACCCGUCUUUAGCUCACGACUCCUCCUCCUCCUCCUCCUCCUCCUCCCCUUUGCUGUUGGGGAUCUCGCAGGCGCGCCUGGCACAGAAACAUGUCAUGACGCAUCUGGACGCGUGGGAUCCGGCCGAGGGGCUUGCGGGGGCGGGCAUUCGGGCUCGCCAUGAGUUGGCUGAGCGAGCGGGCCAUAAGACUGCUGAGAAGCAGCCUGAACAGUUGAUUCACAAGACUAAACCGGACAUUGGUUUGAACAGCAUGAUUAGCAUCAGCAGUGCUAGCAGUGCUAGCAGUGGCAACAACCAACCGCAGUCACCGCAACCACUCACUCUCCCACCCAACUCGCCGCUGGCCCAGACGAAACUGGUGGCCACCGCGUCGGCGAAGCUGACGUACCUAUUAAACCGGGUACGAGAGCUACACACGAGCGAGAAGAUCAUCAUCUUCUACGACAACAACAACGCGGCGUUUUGGAUCGCCGAGGGGCUGGAGGUGCUAGGGAUCGACUUCCGCAUCUACGCCAGCAAGCUGCAGACAAGCCUGCGGACGACGUACCUGGCGCAGUUCAACGAGGACGGCGCCAGCGUGCGCGUGCUCCUCAUGGACCUCCGGCAGGCCUCGCACGGUCUACACGUCGCGCGGGCCUCGCGCGUCUUCAUCAUCAACCCGAUCUGGCAUCCUACCGUGGAGAGCCAGGCGAUCAAGCGCGCACAUCGGAUCGGCCAGACCCGCCCUGUCUAUGUUGAAACGCUCGUGCUCGAGGACACCCUCGAGGACCGCAUGCUGCAGCGCCGCAAGGAGAUGUCCGACACGGAGAUGCAGCAGGCGGAUCGCGACUUGCUCGAUGAUAGCACCAUGAGCGCCAUCAUCCGCAACGAGCGCUUCAUCCCGAUCGACCAGGAAGCUCCCACUUUUGCUUCUUUGGAGUCUCCGUCGGGGUUUUUCGACAGACAUACCCUGCCAAUAUGUGAUACUCUGCCAGAGAAGACGAAGAAGAAGAAGAAGCGUAUAUCCAAGACAGACCUCGACCUCGCCCCGAAGCGACGAAAGUCCCAAGCCAUCGAAUUCGUCACGGAGGACGGUCUUCUGAUGAACGCCGAGACAAUCCAGAAUCCAAUCCAGAAUCCAAUCCAGAAUCUGAAUCCAGACAUGGCCACCGUUGUGAUUGGGAUCUCCGGUCCAUCUUCCAGCGGGAAAACGACGCUCGCGCGUCUGCUGCAAAGCGUCUUCUCAGGCGUCGAGGCCUUUCGCUCCUUCAUCAUCCACGAAGACGACUUUUACUAUCCAGACGAUAAGAUUCCAUGGACAACCACCUCCUCAGGAAGAGUUCAAGACUGGGACACCGCCGAGGCGAUCGAUCUGUCUUUCCUGUCGUCGUCGCUGCGUUACGUGAGGGAACAUGGCAGUCUCCCGCCCGUGCUGAAGAGCAAAGAGGAUCUCAACGAAGCAAGUGACUCGGGUGUCAGCGCGGAGACCAUCCUACGAUUGAAAGAAAGGGUAUCUACUCUUUUAUCUUCAAGGGGGAACGGCAACGAAACCGGAAAAGGAAAAGGAGUAGUAUCUACCAUGGCUCUCCUGGAGGGAUUCCUCUUAUUCAGUCCGCCGGAAUCCGAACGCGACGAACACGUCCUCCGUCCUGUUCAUCGGGAGAUCGAUCUUCCCAUCUUCUUGCCUGCUGCGUAUGAUGUUGUCAAGGCCCGUCGAGAGGGGCGAUCGGGCUACGUGACUAUCGGGCCUGCAUUGGAACCACCUCUUUCUCAGCGAGAAUCUACCGAAAAGAAAGAAGAAGAAGAAGGAGAAGGAGAAGUAGAUCUUCAAGCGGAGGAUGAACGCCCUCCGCAGAACUUCUGGGUCGAUCCGCCCGGGUACGUCGAUGAUAUCGUCUGGCCGCGAUAUGUCCGCGACCAUGCAUGGCUGUUGUUGCCGGAGGGAGGCGCCCCUGCAACGACCGACGACGCAGAGCUGGUCAGGAUGGUAGGUCAGGGAGUCGACGUCCGCAUGGAUGCGGGCGUGCUUGUUGCGCCGGGCAUGGGUGCGCGCUCGAUGGCCGAGACCUUGGAUUGGGCUGUGGAGGAGAUUGUCCGGUUUUUAUCAAGUAGAUAA